AUGGAUGAAUAUGGAUCCCAUAACCCCUCGUAUUACAAAAAUUCUAAUUCUAAAUCCAAGAAUUUCACGUUCUGGUCUUCUACUGAAGACAUAAGGCUAAUCACUGGAAUUCAUAAAUUCGGUCUGAAUAAUUUUAAGGCUGUUUCUUCAUAUGUCGGAAGUGGAAGAACAAGAAGUCAAUGCACACAGAGGUGGAACAGAUCUCUCUGUCCAUUAAUUAAUAAGAGUCAAUGGUCUCAAGAAGAAGAUUCUCUUCUUAUUUCAUCCGUGCAGCAAUUUGGAGAUCAUUCAUGGACCAAAGUUUCAAAUGUUUUGGUUGGAAGAACAGAUGUUCAAUGCAGAUAUAGAUACCAGCUUAUUUCAAAGAAAUUCCCAAGAGAUCUUGGUAUCCAACCCGAUGAAUUUAUGAUGAAGAUGAUACAAAAUCACGAGCAAAAGUCUUCUCCAGUUGAAUUUCAGUCUAAAGUUGAAUACAAUAAUAUAGUAAUGGAUUCCCUCAAUGACAGUAGCAGUUAUCCUGACCUGUUGGGAAUGCAAUAUUCUGGCUUCAUUGGAACACUUCAUUUGCUUGACCUUAUUAAGACAAAUAGUAUGGACCCUUCAAGUUUAUUCAUUUUGAGCUGA